GGCCGGAGAGGAGGCGGAGAGCACAUUCUUCUUGAUGGAACGGGGUUUUUUUUGUUUCCCCUUUGUACGCGUCUUUACGGUACGGAGACCGGGAGGUGACGCGGACAAAAAAAACCCCAAAAAAAACAAUGAUAAGUUAAGUCGCGCGCGCGCGCUUUAAAGUUAACUCGCGCGCGCGCGCGCGUUUCUAAGUCUCCCGCGCGCCAUACCCGUCUUUGUCUCUCCACGCCUCGCCUUUAGCGAAACCGGUCACGACCGGUACAGCGUUCGGCGGCGCCGAGCCGAGCGGUCCAACAAGAGGUUCCGUGGGGGAGUCGGCUCGGCAAGCCCUCGCGGAAGUCGCUUUUUUGUUUGACAGCGAAGGAAACGACCGCCCCCCUUCUCACCCCCCUUCCCCUCCCCUCCCUCCCCUCCCCGGGCACCUUGCAUAGCCGCCCUCCCGGACUGGCGAGACGCAUCCUGAGCCGACGCGUCGCGGUGGAUCUGAAACAGCCGGAGAGGAGCGAAAAACACCCACAAACCGGCCGGGACGAGCCAUCCGCUGUUCGAAGCCAAACAGUUGGCAGCGAUCAUCCAUUGACAACCAUGGCAACAAUAGUCAUGGAGAGAAUUGGCCGCCUGUUCAUCAGCUUGCAGCAGGUCAGAGAGGUGCCCCGAAUGCUCACUGAGGCAGCUCCGUCCAUGCCUGGCACGGUGAAAGACCACGAGGUCCCGUACUACUUCAGAGAGCGCUACAUCCACUCCGGCUACCGGCCGCUUCACCAGAACUGGCGCUACUACUUCCUGUCCCUCUUCCAGCGUCACAAUGAGACCAUCAACAUCUGGACUCACCUGCUUGGGUUGCUCGUUGUCCUGGCUAAAUUCUGUCAGCUUGCCGAGACUGUGGAUUUUUCAAGUGACCCCCAUUCAUGGCCCCUGUUAAUCCUCCUGCUGUCCUCGGUGAAUUACAUGUUGUGCAGUGUGGCUGCCCACCUGCUGGCAAGCAAGUCGGAGCUCUGUCACUACGUCCUCUUCUUUCUGGACUAUAUGGGUGUAGGACAGUACCAGUAUGGCAGCGCCGUUGCACACUUUUACUAUGCGGUGGAAGCAAACUGGCACGGGCAUGUGCAGGGUAUCUUCAUGCCUAUUGCCAGUGUUCUCUGCUGUCUGUCAUGCUUUGGCUGCUGCUAUGGGAAGUAUUGCAACCACAGCCUACCUGACUGGGUACGUAAGGUGGGUCAGGUGGUGCCCUCAGCUGUGGCCUACGCGUGGGACACCAGCCCUGUAUUCCAGCGACUCGUUUUCUGGUCUGCGGCCAGUGAAGACUCAGCCCUUUUUUUCCACCUUGGUCAGGUGGCCUUCUUUCUUGCCAGUGCCUUCUUCUUCACCCUGCCACUACCGCAGCGCUGGUUUCCCGGGCACUGUGAUUUCGUGGGCCAGGGUCAUCAGGUGUUCCACGUGUUUCUGGCUCUCUGUACCCUGAAUCAGAUCCAAGCGUCUCACCUUGACUACUUGGGUCGCAGGACACUUUAUUCACAGCUUCACAGAGACGGUGACGCUGCUCACUUUGUGCGGUUGUAUGUUUUCACUGUGGCUGCUUGUGCGAUGAUUGUAGCCUUUAUGACCGGCAAAGUUAAGCUACUGCUCCACCGCCACGCCAAGUCCAAGUAAUAGAUACGACGUGGUAAGAGUUGUGCUGCCAAAGUAUUAAUGCUGCCUUGAUCGGGAUACACUGCCCUGCCAGACUUGGUGUCAACUCCUUAACAUUCUGUAUACUUGAUUAUUAUGGGACUAAAAUGCGGCUUAACUGUAACAGAAGAGUUUAUUUCUACUCUUGAUUUAUGUUAUAAUUCAUCUUGGCACUGAGAUUUGAAAAAAAAAAUCCUUAAAAUGUUCCUUAAGUGCACUUUUCUGUAAAUGUAAAUGGGAGAUAUAGAGUGGACCAUCCAGCUAAAUAAGACUAUCUGUUUUGUGUUUGAAUUUGGCACGAUGGUUCGGUAGGUAAUCAUUUUAUAGAUUAACUGAGGCUAUUAUAACUUCAAGGAAUAGAAGCUGAGGCCAUCUAUUCACAAAUACUAUCAUGCUUAUCAACACUGUAGUGUCUGCCUGAUCAUUUAAACGACGGUGGUACGAAGUCGUAUCAUGCUACUGAACUUCAUAUGUAUAACAGGUCUAUUGGGACUGCACUGUUACUGUAAUAUCACCAAAUAACACCUUGAAUGGAUUGUUUAGGGUCGUGCCAGCCAUGGUGACAGAAAGUGUAGAUGGAAUUUAAAAGUAUAUCUGAACGAAUCCGGGUUGAUUUUUGUUUUUAGUUGAGAUUCGGAGUAAUGUCCAGCAUUUACUAGAAUCAAGUGACGGCUCACCAGGACGUGUUGCUACCCCACACUGUUGGGGUUUCUCCACCUCGGCUGAAGGCGUGAUGUUGAACACUUUGUAUGGCGAUGUGUAGAACGGCGAUAAUGGUGUGUGUAUAUAUAUAUAUAUAUAUAUAUAUAUAUAUACCCAGGUUGGCAAGUCAGAUAACACUAACACAUGGCUUCAAAAUACUUUUGAUUUCAUGGGCUGUAAUCCAUCCCUGUGUAGGGUUGGAAGCACCAUCGACACUCGGGAUUUUUAACGCGUUGCCAUUUUAAUUGACAUCCGGUUCCUGUGGUUUUGUGCUGAAUAGAUAUCACCACUCGACCCGUGGUGACGGUUUAGAAAUCAAAGUAUCUAGAUUUACCUGAAGUGACGCCACUUUUUCUGAUCUGUGGCGUUAUGACAACGCCACAGAGGAAGACUAUCAGAGGAAGAAUUCCCCCUUUGUUCCUCUUGAAUGAAGCAGUCUACAUAUUUUCACCCCUGGGCUCGUGGUGUUUUACUAAAGCGUCGGGGUAAUAGUAGAUUUGAGGUCUUUAAGGGGUACGUGCUCCGAUGGACGAGACAUAUUUGUCCAACAUUACGCCGCAGUACUUCUGGAUAUACCUCACGCUGACGGGCGCCGUAAGGCCAUGUGGAGAGCUGGGUGUCUCUGUAAGGGACUACACAAUGGUGGCCUGCGACACGUUUCCUCGUGAAUACUUGGUACACAAGACCCUGAGCUGAUACCGGGAGGCCAUUGUGUAUUAGGUUUGCUGAGCAUUCAGUUGUCCCUUUAUAAGUGCUGCAUAGUGUUAACGUGUGCCUCGUGAGUCAAAACUAGCAGUUUGUGAUUAAACUGGUCUAAAUUACAGGGUACCGCUGUACAUCUAUUCGGAAGAUGACGAUGCCUGUCACUACUACCUUCUCAUUUGGCUUCCUUAUAUGAAAUGUGAUUACUUUGUAUUACUUUCGUGUACUUUUUGCUUAACGUUCGAGAGAAACGAUUAUUCUCUAAAAUAAGACAUUGCCCACUGAAGUGCUGUAAUGUCUGCUGGCACUGGGUUUUAUAGUUCAGUUUGUUAUUCCACCAGAACUCUAACAUUGUUUUUUUUGUGUAAAUUUGCAUAAUGUACCAAGCUAACUUUUACCUGAAGGGAUAUUCGUGGGAGUCAGAAUGGAUUACGCUGUGUUUAACCCUGCAUUUUAUUUGGUUUCGCUGCAAACUGCUGCAUUUUAUUUCUUCUUUUUGUGCGCGCGUGUGUGUUUGUGGUGCUGAUGGUGGGUGGAUGUGUACUGAUGUGUGUGUGUGUGUGGGGGGGGGGGUUGGAGUUACUAUUGCAUUUUAAAGAAAGAACGGAAGGGGAAAGAGUAAUAUCCAAUAUGAUGUGAUUCUGGAGGCAACCCUGUCUCAUUCCUCCUCUUCCUCUGCUGGUUUGCACAGCGCUGUGACGCACGCCAGCUCUCAGAGCCGCACUCAUUGGCUCUCACCGGGAGGUCGCCAUGGUGACCUCUACUUAAACACUGGUUUUGUCAGCAGGCCUUUAAUGGAGGCAAGAUGGAAAAAGAGCUGCGCAUCUUUAGUGCAUACAAAUGUGCCUAUUAACGUUUUCCUCUGGCCACUUUCCCCGUGUUUGUUGUUGUGGGCCGUGUCCUGUUGGAAAAACUAGUCUCACCCUAAUGUGACAUACGUACAUGACUCAACAACGCGUCAAUGGUGUUUUGUUUUUUGUUUUUAACAUUGUCACUUCCUGUUUAGAAAGUCAGGAAAAUACUCAUGUAUCUCUGUCUGUCUCUUUCUGGGGGGAAAUGAUAGAAUCUCUAACAGACCAAUAAAGUUUCUCUUUGAAUUAAAAUGAUCA